CGGGUCCUGGGCGAGCGGGCGCCGUGCGCGUGUCCCGCCGCCGCGCUGCUAAUAAAGUUGCGCCGAAGGGAAGCGCAGCGACGGCGCCGGGAGAGCGCGCCCGGCCGGCCCUGGCGACUUGAACCAAUGAAAGACGCCUAUGGCACAUUUGAAGAUAGAGGUCGCCCCUCUCCUUUUAAUUGGAACUUCUGCUUAGGACCGCAUGUGACUUUUCGUCUGUGACCUGUUCUUCCAAUAGCCACUGACUUUGAGUUGCAGGAAGGUCUCUGAAGAUCCAUAUCAAAUGACGUCAAUGGCCAGCUUGUUUUCGUUUACUAGUCCAGCAGUGAAGCGGUUGUUGGGCUGGAAGCAAGGUGAUGAGGAGGAGAAAUGGGCAGAAAAGGCAGUUGAUGCUCUGGUGAAAAAACUGAAAAAGAAAAAGGGCGCCAUGGAGGAACUGGAGAAGGCCUUAAGUAGCCCGGGACAGCCGAGCAAGUGCGUCACUAUCCCCAGGUCUCUGGACGGACGCCUGCAGGUCUCUCACAGGAAAGGCCUGCCCCACGUCAUCUACUGCCGGGUCUGGCGCUGGCCCGAUCUGCAGAGCCACCACGAGCUAAAGCCAUUGGAUAUAUGUGAAUUUCCUUUUGGAUCCAAGCAGAAAGAAGUUUGUAUCAACCCGUACCACUAUAAGAGAGUGGAGAGUCCAGUUUUACCUCCAGUGUUAGUGCCUCGUCAUAAUGAAUUCAACCCACAACACAGCCUUCUGGUUCAGUUUAGAAACCUGAGCCACAAUGAACCGCAUAUGCCACAGAAUGCCACGUUUCCAGAUUCUUUUCACCAGCCCAACAACACUCCAUUCCCCUUGUCUCCAAACAGCCCCUAUCCGCCUUCCCCUGCAAGCAGCACCUACCCCAACUCCCCGGCAAGUUCUGGACCCGGAAGUCCAUUUCAGCUCCCAGCUGAUACUCCUCCUCCUGCCUAUAUGCCACCAGAUGAUCAGAUGGGUCAAGAUAAUUCCCAGCCCAUGGAUACCAGCAAUAAUAUGAUUCCUCAGAUUAUGCCCAGUAUCUCCAGCAGAGACGUUCAGCCGGUUGCUUAUGAGGAGCCCAAACAUUGGUGUUCAAUUGUCUACUAUGAAUUAAACAAUCGCGUUGGGGAAGCUUUUCAUGCCUCUUCUACAAGCGUGUUAGUAGAUGGAUUCACAGAUCCCUCAAAUAACAAAAGUAGAUUCUGCUUGGGCUUGUUGUCGAAUGUUAACCGGAAUUCAACAAUUGAAAAUACUAGGCGACACAUUGGAAAAGGUGUUCACCUGUACUAUGUCGGUGGAGAGGUCUAUGCCGAGUGCCUCAGCGACAGCAGCAUAUUUGUACAGAGCAGGAACUGCAACUUCCAUCACGGCUUUCACCCCACCACUGUCUGCAAGAUUCCAAGCAGCUGCAGCCUCAAAAUUUUCAACAAUCAAGAGUUUGCUCAGCUUCUGGCGCAGUCUGUCAACCAUGGGUUUGAGGCAGUGUAUGAGCUCACCAAAAUGUGUACCAUUCGAAUGAGCUUUGUCAAGGGCUGGGGAGCGGAAUACCACCGUCAGGAUGUUACUAGCACCCCGUGUUGGAUUGAGAUUCAUCUUCAUGGCCCUCUUCAGUGGCUGGAUAAAGUCCUCACUCAGAUGGGCUCCCCUCUGAACCCCAUAUCUUCUGUGUCAUAGUGCAGAAGUGUUCUUUUCAAUUACGUUAUUAGUGGACUUGUUUUAAUUUUAGGGAAACUUUCAGUACAGAUACUGUGAGCAUAUUUGGAAAACAGAUAUUACAGCUUAUUUUUUUUUCUACAUAAUUGUGACCAAUACAUUUGUAUUUUGUGAUGAAUCUACAUUUAUUUGUAUUUGUGUUCAUGUGAUUAACUCUCAAAAGUGUUGUGAGAAUACAGAGUAGGUAUUGUGCCCCAGUUCCGAAGUUUGACAUCAGUUUUAAACUGGAACAUACUUUUGCCCUGUUGUCCCCAGCAGUUCUUUGUUGUUGCUGAUUUUUUUUAAAAUAAGCAUCAUAUGAUGAAAAAUUCUAAUCAUGUAAGAGGAUAUUCAAUUGAAAGUAAUUACCUCUACUCUUGACCUUUUAGAAUCUGUACUUAAGCCAGUUUCUUUGUCCCACCAACUUAAAAAAAGUAUAAUUCAUUAUUUUGUGAAAGUAUACAGUAGGGGCUUAAGAGAAACUCUAAAACUUUAUUUGAAGGAACACUAUGCACUGCUCUAACAAGUAGUGUUCAGAAAUGCAAAAUCAUAAAAUGUACAUUUAAUACAGUUAAAUGUUUGUCAGUGUAUUGUGACUUCACUCAACAUAUCUUUUGUAAAACAUUUCCUUUGUCCUUAAAAAAAGUAAUGAUUGCAAACAAAUCUCCAGUAGAUGACAUUUAUUCAGAAACUCUCAGAUGUACUACUACUUUAUAGCUAGUGACAGUGCAUGCACAGCCCCCCCCCCUUUUUUUUUUGGCUAUGUUUGCUGCUUAUGGCUAACAUUGCAAGAACUCUAAUUUUGACAUGCAUUACUCUUUCAUUUUGCACUUUGAUAGAUGACAGUUUUUUAGUAUAAUCUUUUGUGAAACACUCAAACGACUUGGACUUAGAUGCUCAUCUUUAUUUUCUUGGGUACCUUUUUUAUUAAGAAACACUGUAAUCUAUAGCUAAUUUGUAGGAAGUUACUCUUUUUCUAACUUUUAUUUCAACCUAGUUUAUAAGACUGUUAUUCUACUGCUCCAAUUUAAGGUGCCUUUUAAAUUCCCUACCAUUUUACGAAUGUUAUUAAUGUUGGGAAGUCAUGUACUUAAUUAAACCCACUGCUCAUACCUCGUAUUGGUUGUAAACCAUAGGAGACUCUCCAGUCUGGUCUGGUCAUGGGACUGAGGCGCGUGAUGUGAUCCUUGGUAACUACCAGCAGUGGUGUUUGGAACAGAUGAUUUUAAAAUAAGUUCACAUAUCUAAGAGGGCAGACCACUCUCUUGGUUACCUGGCAUGUUCUCAUUUUUUCUGUAGCACCUGUGUGGAUGCUUUCCUCUCAGAAAAUCCUUACAGAAAAAACCAUGAAAAUUCUAAAAUACCCAUUUAAUCACUGGUGGUUAAAGGUUUUAUUUAAAAACUUUAACCCCUUUUUCUGGGAGCAGUCAGAUACUUUGGACAUGAAAACAAAGAAAUGACUUCAGGAAAAAAAAAACAACAACCUGAUUUGACUAUCAGAAGAAGCUUAUUUUCUUGUGCCUCCUGAAAGUACAUAAUGUGUUCUAUUUAAGUGUUGUUUGAUUUGACUUUCUAUUUUGCCCUUCUGACUUUAUGAGGAAUAACAUGCAUUUUAUUUUUUUGAGGAAAGAAGAAUACUGCCCUUUUAUUUCCUGUGAUGUUAUUUAUUGCUUUUACAAAGUGCAGCCAGUGGAUGGUUUUAGUCCUUUCAGAUGAAGUGCCAUAUAUGUUUCAGCUCACAGUUAAUAACUGGGUAAAAGGACAUAUUCUGAUAGGCAUCUAAGCCUUAGGAUUUAUGUGAAUGCAUUUUCAUACUUCCAGAAUUAUCAGCCACAGAAAGAUUAUUUGCUUAGUGAUAGACUUGAUCUGUUUUUAUCAUUCUUUUUGCCUAACAGGCUCAUGACUUCAAUGGGCUUGCACUGGUGGAAACUAUUGUUUCAUUGAUGCUUUCAACUGACUUCAUUAAAAAUUAUUUCCAUUUGGGCCAAGAUUCUGUCAAGACCUUUGGAGUUGAGCAGGGUUUCACUUGCAGGGCCUUCUUUGUGUUUUCUCUUAAAAGUUUGAUCUCACUGAAUGACAAUAGUAAAACUGUUAGCUCAUAAGAGUUUCAUGGAGAAGUAUGAACAUGUUAUAUUUCUUAGAUGUUACUAACUCCAACCUCUUGAGCUUCAAUUGAAAACUUUAAUCAGUCAAAUUUUUUCAUAAUUUCUAAGGAUGCCCAGUAUUCAUGGAGGGGAAAUAAAAAUUGCUAACAGGCUUUUUUCAAAAAUAUUAAAACCCUCAUCAACAUAAAGAAAGUACUUCUGAAAAAUCAUUCCAGAAAAUUAGUUUUGUGUUUUUAUCUAAUAUUUAGCAUGGUCUAUAGUUCAUAAAUCAAAUUUAUGAAAACACUACUGACAUAAUCACAUUUAAUAAUAUAUAUUAAUGUGUACCACCUAAAAAGACAGAGUUUGGGAAUAAUGAAAUUGCAACCAGUUUGGUAAGUGCAGGAAGAGGAAUCUUUCUCAGUAAUGAAUUAAAGCUAUAAAAAGAUCUCAACUGUAGAAAAAUGGAAUUUACAUAAAUGGGAUUUAUGUAAUAGAGUAUUAUGCUAUGGUUGAUAUUGUUUGGCUAAGGAAUGUAAAUUAGUAGGCAUGCUACUGAUGUACCUACCCUAACAUUUUUCUUCAGAGAAAUUUCAAGGAAGGCAUCAAUUCAAGAGGCCCGAUACUAUUCAUGAUGAUAUAAAUUGUUUUUUACAUUUAUUGUUGAUAUCUGAAUAAAUUGUAAUUGAAUGGGUUUCUAAAAUGAACUUCACAGUGAGAUUUCUAGAUAGUUCAAUAAGCUGCAUGUAAUACAGAGAAGAUGUAGCUGUUUUAUACUUGCUAUAACAUUUGAGAGCAAGAUAAUCUCUUAGAAUGUAAAAUGAUCUUUGCAUAUUCAGAUGCAUUUUCAAGAAAACUGGGGUCAUAUUACAAAAUAUUUGAUAUUAACCCAAGGGCACCUCUGAGAAACUCCUUUGUAACAGUGUUGUUAUGUUGAAGAGAAAGUUUAUGCCAAAAACUGAAACCCUGACAGUAAAAGAGAAACUCUGUGAUACAAAGUACCUGUUAAAGUGCUAAACCUCUACUAGAGAGAAGUCUAAUUUGUAGAGCCAUUUUCUCCUUACUUUUCCUAGUUAUUUGCUUAAUAUUACUUUGUAUCACUAUCAUUUUUCCAUCUUUGAUAUAUUCCUCUCUACUUCCUGGAGAAGGAAGGAUCUUUUGAUAACUGUUGAAUGCAGCUUCCAAUGAUGACUUUACAUUUUGGGUUAACUUUGUCUUACUAGUAAACUCGUCUAAUCCCUCUCACUUGUCCUUACUUUACAUAUCAGGUAGGUAAUCAAGGGUCUUUCAAGCUUGGUGGUUUUAGCAGUGUUUGGAGGGGAAUUUUCCUAAGUAUUGGUUUAUGGGUGGUCCCCUCGGAUGUUCACUAGGGCAGCUUUUUUAUUGGGGGGUUGGGAUGAGUCACGGGUUUGAUGCUGGCUCUUCCCACGGCAUGAGCAUUUAUACGUGUGGGAGUCUGGGGAGGUUUUCUCGCAGACAUGCAAGUAUAGAAAGUGAGAAUUCAAAGGACUUCUUUUGUAGAACCAAUUCUACCUGCUGGGCAGAAAGUUGGACAGUUGUUUGAAAUUCACUGGAUUGCUGUUUAGUGUCUCCCAAUUAACAGUAUUUAUCAAGUCUGUGUUAGAUUAUUCAUAAUAUAAACUUUAACUUUCUAAAGUACAACUAUAUUAUAACUGACAUGUUACCCUAAAAUGGGGCUGCUUUACAAAAACCAGUGAGAAGGCGUGUAUUCGUUUUUUUUUUUUUAUUAUUACUAAAGAGCUUAUGCUAUAGUAUUUGUUGGCAACAGUUGCUAUCAGACAAGUGGCAGAUUGCUUUUGAAAAGUUCCAGCUCAGGAGCAGGUUUAUUCUGCUACUCAUAGCAGAAUGGAAUUGUGUGGUUCUUGUCCAGAUAAUCCAGCUCUUAAAAUUCCUGAAAUAAUCAGAAACGGUUAUCUUUUAACGACUUAAUAUGAACAUGUUGGGGUGUGUGUGUGUGUGUUUGUGUGUGUGUGUGUGUGUGUUUGUGUUUAAAGUUCAGAAUUUUAUGUACAGGUAGAUACUGUUUCCUCAUUAGUAUUAGGUAGUGCCUUAAUCCUAGCUGAUAUUAGUUAUAACAAAACUCCAGUGAGGCCAAACAAGUCCUUUUGUAAAAGAAGAAAAUUUUUUUAGGAUUUGAUUUUUCUUUUCUAAUACUGCUGGAGAUGAUGUUGCUUUGAGUUUUUCAGGGAAUAAUUUAAACCUUAGGGACUCUUAAAGAUUAUAAUCUGGCAACUGAUUUUCUUCGUAACCUACUUGGUUAGUCUCAUUUUGAAAAUGACUCAAUUUAAAAUUUGAUAGCAGUACAAUCAUGAAAACUGGAUGUUUGUAUUUACCUACCCGUGUUCUCUUAAAAGGGUGUUUCAAAUUCAAGAUGAUCCCAACCAAACCAGUGGCUGCACGGUAGGCCUGCUUGUUUGUAGUAGUUCUGCUUCUGUUUAUGUUGUAGAAAAUAAAUUUCUAGCCACAUGCCUCGAUUCUGUUACUUUUUUUUACCUAUAAGAUGUAUUAGGUUUUACUAUUAUGCUUGUCAAAGCCAUAAUAACUCUUGAGAAUUUUUGUUUUUGCAUAUGUUUGCUAAUACUUUAUUUUAAUAAACCUUGAAACCUAC